AUGAGGAGCAGGAGUAAUCAUGCUUUCUCUGCAGCUCAGUGGUGUUACCAGAGCCAGUACUCCUGUGAUGACACAUGCAGAGAUCCUAUUCGAUGGGCAGCUCAGUUUCCCAGCUGUGGAGGACUUCGCCAAUCCCCAAUCAACAUCGUCUCAACUAAAGUGCACGUCAACAGCGCCCUGCCACCCUUCAAAUUCAUCGGUCACACCAACACUAUCAACAUCACAGUGGAAAACAAAGGACACUCUGCUCACUUUGCUCUGCCGCAGUCGGUCCGUCUGACUGGAGGAGCUCUGCCCGGUCACUACCGAGCCGCCCAGUUUCACUUCCACUGGGGAGGCAAUGGGAGACCCGGAUCAGAGCACACCAUUGAUGGAGAGCAGUUCCCCAUGGAGCUGCACAUCGUCCACAUCAAGGAACCGUACGGCUCUCUGGCAGAGGCCGAACAUGACAUGGCAGGUAUAGCCCUGCUUGCCUUCCUGUUUGAGGAAUCACCAGAUGAUAAUCCUCAUCUGGACUCAUUAAUAGCUUAUCUUGGCCGAGUAAAAAACAAUGGCAGCAGCACAGUGAUCCCAAACUUCAGGCUCAGUGAUAUUAUCCCGUCAGAUAAGGACCUGUUCAGUUACUACCGCUAUGUGGGCUCCAUGACUACUCCAGGAUGUGAGCAGGCCGUAGCCUGGACGCUGUUCCACAGGACGCUGCCCAUCAGCAGCCGCCAGCUGGAUGCGAUAACUCAGCAGUGUCGAUUCUGGACGGGACAGCCCAUGACGGACAUCUUCAGACCUACGCAGCCUCUGGACGGCAGGGUGGUGUAUCGGUCCAAGGCGGGCGCCGCCCUGGGGGGUGUGAUGCACUGGUGGGUCGGGGUUUCCUCCGUCCUGCUCGGGAGAACCGGUCUGAUACACUGACUCAGCACAUCUGAUUUUAGGGCCAAAACUACUUUUACCUGUGUGAUAGUGAACUGUUCAUAAUGUUCAUGGUUAUUCUUUUUUUGUAAGUGUCAAUGUGACAUUGAGAUAUGUGCUAUUGUAGAAUGUGUAUUUACCUUUUUCCAGUAGUGAACAAGUCAGCUCUGUACUAGCUAUUUAGGAGGAACGGGCCUGUUGACCUGAUAUCAUCAUGACCUCCUUUAAAGUCUGGAUAAUAUGCAGUUUCUGUGCGAGUAGGACCUUUACCUCUAGGCCUUUACGUCAACUUUCCUUAUUGUUGUCAUUAGGAGUCAAUAUUUUAUAAAUGCAAACUGUUGCUAUAGAUUUACUCUAAUCUGCUUUUCCCUAAUAUAUGUUUUACAGUAGAAGAAGAGUGAUGCAAAAAUGUGUAUAAUUAAUGGUUAACAAUAGGUUAUGUUUGUCUUUCUAUCAAUAACAAUCUGAGGGUCUUUCCUUUUUCAUUAACUGCUAUUUUAUGUAACUUAGCCUGCAUAUUGUUCUCUUCCCUGACAAUCAGAACACUCAGCCUGGAAAAUUAGACGGUCAAGGCAUUUCCUUAAUAUUCUGUACACUUGUUAAUUUGUAACAAAUGAAAACAAAUGAUUUGUAAAAAAAAAAAAACAGUGAAUGUAUUUAAACCCUUGUACAAUCACAAA